AUGCUUGGGGCUGAACGUUGGAUCUGGCGGCACGUCGACACGGGAGGCGAGGGAAGGAGGUGGCAGGCUUGGGGCAUCGGUUGGACCUCGCACGCAGGAACAGACUAUCAGACCCAGCUGCACAAGGUUCGGGCUGCUCUCGAGACGGUUGCAAGAGCGUUGGUGUUGUUGAACAGCCAGCAGAAGUUGGGAGCGGAGGCGCGACAGAACUGGGAAUCUUAG